UAUCAGUUCUUAUUUUCCCUCCAGAAUCCAGACCAACCACUUCUUGAAAUUCAGCCAUCAAUCCCUCCCAGUUCCUCAUCCCCAUCCGUUCAAGAAUAUGAACUACUUCCUCCUUUUUGUUAUAAUACUCUUGGUUAUAUCUGAGACUCCCUUGUCAUCAAGCAGCCCUGCAUUGUACGAAAUCUGCCGUAAUCAGUUCGGGUGUGGUGAUGUUGUUGCAGGCUUUCCAUUCUGGGGAGGAGAGCAAAGACCGCGUGAAUGUGGCCAUCCAGGACUACAACUCCACUGCAAAAGACUGAAGACUGCAAGGGAGGACUAUAAGUUUGGAAUCUGUCCCCAGAACAUUACCCUCGACACCACUCUCUUUGUCAUUGCUGAAGGUUAUGAAAAUCUUACGUUGUCCUAUCACUGCCCGCAUCCACACUUCACUGAAAACUUCGGCUGUAGUCUAAAUGGAGUCAAUUCUAGCGAGGUUUGCAUCCCACCACCAAAAUUUCCUUGUCCUCAGGGUUGCUCUGUUAGUGCCACUGUCAUGGUCCCUAAACCUCUCCCCACAGGAGAAGAUAUGUGGGAAGCGAUCGAAGAAGCCCUAAGUUCUGGAUUUGAAGUAGAAUGGAGGGUGGAUGAUAAAGGGUACUGUCAGAAGUGCAUUGCCUCCGAGGGAAAGUGUGGCAUUAACCCUUCGAAUGGAACGGUUUGCUACUGUCAGGAACCAAGUAGUUCAGAGCAAGAAUGUCUUCUCCUGCCUCAUGACGGGACAAAGAAACUUAACAUUACACCAAUCAUAGGAUUGGCAGUACCUCUAACAACCACUGCAGCAAUCGCUUUUAUAGUGCUCCUCUUCAAGCUUAAAAGAAAACCACUGUCAAGUUUGAAGUCUCUAAACUUCCAUCUAACUAGAAAGAACCGUGAAAGAGUUGAGGCAUUCAUUCUUCAGUAUGGUUCCCUUGCUCCCAAGAGAUUUUCAUAUUCAAACAUCAAGAAAAUGACCAACUCAUUCAAAGAUAAAUUGGGUCAAGGAGGAUAUGGGAGCGUAUAUAAAGGAGAAUUACCUGAUGGCCGUAUUGUAGCAAUAAAAGUUCUCAGUAAAUCCAAAGGGGAUGGACAGGAUUUCAUCAAUGAAGUAGCUAGCAUUAGCAGAACCUCCCAUGUUAAUAUAGUCACCCUAUUGGGGUACUGCUAUGAGAGUUCGAAAAGAGCUUUGAUUUAUGAAUUCUUGCCCAAUGGAUCCCUGGAUAAGUUCAUUUAUAAUCAAGGAUCUCCAGAAAAUCAUCAACUUGCAAUUAAGACCUUGUAUGAGAUAGCACUAGGCAUUGCUCUUGGGCUAGAAUACUUGCAUCGAGGUUGUACCACAAGGAUUUUACACUUUGACAUAAAACCUCAAAACAUCCUCUUAGAUGCCAACUUCUGUCCUAAGAUAUCUGAUUUUGGUCUUGCCAAAUUAUGUGAAACGAGAGACAGUGUUGUUUCAAUGACGGGGGCCAGAGGAACUUGUGGAUAUAUUGCUCCAGAGGUAUUUUGUCGAAACUUUGGAGGAGUAUCUUACAAGUCCGAUGUGUAUAGCUAUGGCAUGAUGGUGUUGGAAAUGAUUGGGGGAAGAAGGAAUGUUAAUGUGGAAGCGUCUCAUACCAGUGAAAUAUAUUUUCCAUCUUGGCUGUAUAAGCAGCUUGAAAAUUCAGAAAAAUUAAAUCUUGACAGAAUCAUAGACGAUGAGGAAGAAGAAACGACUAGGAAGAUGAUAGUAGCGAGCCUUUGGUGCAUUCAAACAAUUCCAUCAAACAGACCAUCAAUGAGUAAGGUGCUUGAGAUGUUACAAGGAAGCCUCGAAGCUUUGCCACUUCCACCAGAACCUUUGUUGUCUUCUCCUGCAGCAAUAUCACUCCAAAACUCCAACACCACAUCCUCAGUCAUAAUGCAGGUGGUUCCAAGCACUGUUGAGACGAAUUCACAACUUGAUGAUGAUGAUGUAUCUUCAAAUACAUAGAAAUGGUGUCUGCUGCAUUUUUUUUAACAGCAAAACAAAGUUUUGUUACAAGGAGUCAAACAUCCCCUUUAGAUGGUAUUCAAAAGUUCAUCAUAGUUUUCCCUGUAUUUUCUUAAUCCUCUAGUCUUCAGCAUGUAACACUCAAUGGACCACUGUGAAAUCAUCCCCAUUCUCCAAGAAUAACACUCCUUUGGUUUA